CUGACCUGCAGCUGUGUUCUGUCACAUGACUGCACCGCUUCCUCUACUGACCCCUCCAGCUCCAGUUACACCAGUAAAUCCCCGAGCAGUUCUAACUGGGAGUCCAGAAGUCCGAACCGGACCUGUUUCCGGGGGUUAGUCUGUGCCGAAGGAACCUCCAGGUAGGAUGACCCGUGGAGCUCUGAAGCGGUUUCUGUGGGAAGAGCGGAGCGUCUGAUUGGCCGAGCCAAGGACCGAGCGGAGCAUCUGAUUGGCCGAGCCAAGGACCGAGCGGAGCGUCUGAUUGGCCGAGCCAAGGACCGAGCGGAGCGUCUGAUUGGCCGAGCCAAGGACCGAGCGGAGCGUCUGAUUGGCCGAGCCAACGAUCGAGCAGAGCGUCUGAUUGGCUGAGUCGCUAGGCACCAACAUGCCGUCCAACAAGUCCGUGUCUGACGCUCCCAUCAUCCAGUUCACCAACUGUAGAAUCCUGAGGGAGCACAAGCUGCAGAGGGAGGACUUGUGGGUCCGGGACGGGAAGAUCCUGGACCCAGAGAAGCUGUUCUUCGAUGAGAAGGGCUACGCCGACUGCCGCCUCGACUGCGGAGGCGCCAUCGUCGCCCCGGGCUUUAUUGACGUCCAGAUCAACGGAGGCUAUGGCGUGGACUUCUCCCAGCCCUGUGAAGACGUCUCCGCCGGAGUGUCUCUGGUGGCCAAGAAGAUCCUGGAACACGGUGUGACGUCCUUCUGUCCCACCCUGGUUACGUCUCCACCCGCCGUCUACCACCAGGUUCUGCCUCAGGUCAACAUUCACAAUGGAGGACCUGAUGGAGCCGGAGUCCUGGGGUUCCACCUGGAGGGUCCAUUCAUCAGCUCGGAGAAGCGGGGCGCCCACCCGGAGCGGUUCUUGAGGACGUUCCAGUCCGGAGGGACAGAUGACCUGAUGGAGACCUAUGGCAGCCUGGACAACGUCGCCAUGGUGACACUGGCCCCCGAGUUGCCCCACAGCCAAUCGGUGGUCAGCACGCUGCGGCAGAAAGGCGUCACUGUGUCUCUAGGACAUUCGGUGGCCAACCUGUCCCAGGCGGAGGAUGCCGUGCGCCACGGGGCCUCCUUCAUCACCCACCUGUUCAACGCCAUGCUGCCGUUCCACCACCGCGACCCGGGCAUCGUGGGUCUCCUGACCAGCGACCAGAUCCCGGCAGGUCGCACUGUGUUCUACGGGAUGAUCGCUGAUGGGAUCCACACCAACCCGGCCGCCUUGCGCAUCGCACACCGGGCACACCCUUCAGGGCUGGUGCUGGUGACGGACGCCAUCAUGGCAAUGGGCCUCCCUCCGGGCCGCCACACGCUGGGGCAGCAGGUUGUCCAGAUCCAGGGACUGCACGCCUACGUGGCAGGCACCAAGACCCUGAGCGGCAGCAUCGCCACCAUGGACAUGUGCGUUCGCCACUUCAAGCAGGCUGCAGGCUGUAGUGUGGAGGACGCCCUGGAGGCGGCGGCGCUGCAUCCGGCCCGGUUGCUCGGUAUCAGCCACAGAAAGGGCAGCCUGCAGUACGGCGCCGAUGCAGACCUGGUUCUGCUGGACGACGGGCUUCGGGUCAGAACAACCUACAUCUCUGGAGAGGAGGUCUGGAGGGCAGAACUGUAGAAGAAGAAGAACCUGUGUGCCUUCAGAUUGCUUCUUCUUGUUUUAUAAAGAACAUGGUUCUGGUUCUGGACCAGUACAGUCUAUGGUUCUGUUGCCAGCGGUUCUCCAUCUGAUGUGACCAAGAUGGCGUCCCAAAAAAAAAAAAGAACUUUUUCAACUUCAUUUUUAUUCAUAUUGAUUUAUAAAGGUUUCUUUAUAAAUAAAUCUAAUUGUUUCACUUUACAGACUAAAUAAAAAUUUGGUAAUAAUUUUCAAUCUUGAUGUUGACCAAUAGCAGAAAAGCUGACUGUGAAGCCCCGCCCAUUUCCGUUUCCCAAUUUAUAACUUCAUGUGUGCAGAUCCAGUACCAGCUGCUGGGUAUUUAUAUAAUGUUUAUAUUUUAAAAGGCUCAAACUAUGCCGUAAAAUGAGUCCUUACUCAUGGAUAUCAUUAUAUCAAUAUUUUAUUCAGUUCAUUAUUCUGUAAGGUAGUUUUAC